GAGGCUGAUAGUGUGGGUGUGUGAAUAAGAGAGCAACAGGGGGAAUGAGAGAACGAGGGGGUGUUGAGUCCAUCAGUGACGGAGUCAGUGUGUUUGAGACAAGUAGAGAGAGAGGGGGAGAGAUUUCCCAGCACAGUUUGAUCGGCACCUCGGUUCUCCCUCCCGCUGCGUGAGUUACGGCUCCAACACUUCCAACAAUCACAGAGGAUUUUACCCUGAGCACAAGGAGUUGACUCAAUCUGCCGGAGAUGAGCGUGGAAAUGAACGGGCGCGCCGUGCCACCUUCCAUACCUGAGGAUGGCGAAGCCCCGGACCACAUCCGCCACGGAGAGAUGAACGGCUAUCACCAGAGGCUUCAGGCUGGGGAUGGGGGCGAGGCUGAGCUCCCGGUGUCCAAGACUCAGAGGCGGAAGAGUGAUGUCAAAGUCUAUAAAGAGUUCUGUGACUUUUAUGCUCGCUUCAACAUGGCCAACGCCCUGGCCAACGCCAUGUGUGAACGGUGCAAGAGCCGCUUUGCGCCAGCGGAAAAGAUAGUGAACAGCAACGGGGAGCUUUACCAUGAGCAGUGCUUCGUCUGUGCGCAGUGUUUCCAGCAGUUCCCAGAGGGACUCUUCUAUGAGUUUGAAGGCAGGAAGUACUGCGAACAUGACUUCCAGAUGCUGUUCGCUCCUUGUUGCCAUCAGUGUGGUGAGUUCAUCAUUGGCCGUGUGAUCAAGGCGAUGAACAACAGCUGGCACCCCGAGUGUUUCUGCUGUGACCUUUGCCAGGCUGUUCUCGCAGAUGUUGGAUUUGUUAAAAACGCCGGACGGCAUCUGUGUCGCCCCUGUCACAACAAGGAGAAAGCCCGUGGACUGGGAAAAUAUGUCUGUCAGAAGUGUCACGCCAUCAUUGACGAGCAGCCGCUGCUUUUCAAGAACGACCCCUAUCACCCAGAUCACUUCAACUGCACCAACUGCGGUAAGGAGCUGACAGCGGAUGCUAGGGAACUGAAAGGCGAGCUCUACUGUCUGCCCUGCCAUGACAAGAUGGGCGUCCCAAUCUGCGGGGCCUGCAGGAGACCCAUCGAGGGCCGCGUGGUCAACGCCAUGGGCAAGCAGUGGCACGUCGAGCAUUUUGUGUGUGCUAAGUGUGAGAAACCCUUCCUGGGUCACCGUCACUACGAGCGCAAGGGCCUGGCUUACUGUGAGACGCACUACAACCAGCUUUUUGGAGACGUUUGCUAUCACUGCAAUCGUGUCAUCGAGGGAGACGUGGUGUCUGCCCUCAACAAGGCCUGGUGUGUCAACUGCUUCGCCUGCUCCACCUGCAACACCAAGCUCACUCUCAAGAACAAGUUUGUGGAGUUCGACAUGAAGCCGGUGUGUAAGAAGUGCUACGAGAAGUUCCCGUUGGAGCUGAAAAAGCGGCUGAAGAAGCUGUCCGAAGCUGCUGCACGGAAGUGAACCGACGAUUAAGCAGCUGAAGGAGAUGAAACCCUGAGGUGGCCGACCCCAUGACCCCCUCACCUGUAGCCCCACACCUGCAAAGUGCCUUGAUUUCAUCCUCCUUAAACUGGUUUAGCUUCGCUCGUCAAGUGUCUUCUUGCAUAAAUUCUGUCUUUAUACAUUCACUUGUUUCACUGCGAUUUACAUUAUAUGUUCUAUAUUUAAUAAACUAUAAGAGACCUGGAAAUAAGACUGAAAAGCUGUUCUGGCAGGUUGUUUAAUCUGUUAUCUGAAGCCAAAAUCGCCUCCUGUUAGAAUAAUAAUACAUAAACUUAAAACAAGCUAAAGAAAUAUGUUUUAUUAAAUGUUUACACACAACACAAUAAACCGUUACAGGCGUUUUACUAAACUAAAUGUGUAUUAAGUUUGAAAGGUAAAAUGACCACGUAAUGAGAAUUUGUGCUCCAGAUAAUGAUUUUGUCUAACAUGCAUCUGGAUUGAACGCAGUAUUUUAGAUGACACGUUGCAGAAUUAAUUUUAAUUUUUCAUAUAACAUGUCAACAGCUCUUAGUUUUAUACUCACAGAGACAUAAUGACAGUUGUUAUUGUAGAAAAAAGUAAGAAAUAUUUAAUUAUUAAUUUAUAAAUUAAUAAGAAAUGUAUAAAUAAUUGAUUAACAUGUUAUCAAGCGUUUCUUAAUAUUAAUUAUUCCUGGUUAUUAAGUCAUACAUAAUGGACAUUCAGUGACCUAAUUCUUAUUCGGUAAUGAAAAAUGCUUUGUUGCUGAAAAGUGCGAUACAAAUGAACUUGAUGAUGAAAAUAAUAUCACAAAUAUUAUAGUAAUGAAAUAAAUCCCCAAUUUUUUACCCACUCUUAAUUAGUCGAUUCAUAAUGCCAAAGCAGAAACCUGUGACUGUGCAGUCCACUCCAACAUCUGAACCUCCACUUGUAAAAAUCAGUUCUGUUGAAAACAAGUGCUGAACACAUCAGGUGUCGCUGUCACAGGAUUUAAGUUGCAGCAACUGCUGCCACAUGGGUCUGCGUGCGCGUGAUGCAACUUGUGGCAUGUGCAGAGACCGGAUGUGAGAGUCAUGUUCGAUGUUAAGAGCUUUUGCCUGUAAAUCCAGUGAAUGAAAGCGAUCCUCUUAACUACUUCCUCAGCUCAGACUUGCUUUGCAAAACAAAGCAGCAGCCCUCUGUUUCAAAAUAAUUAUUUAUCCGUCGUAUUUUACCUUGCAAGGCUUUGCUCUUCGUAUUUUGAUUCACUAGUAAAAAAAAAAAAAAACAUUCCACUGUUGUUUUAUGCAGAAGCACCCAAUGGACUGGUUGUUGUUAGGCAGAUCUUCAGCAGCACUAUAAAUACUCCAGGGUGUAGUUUUAUUUGCCAUGUUAUACCAUGUGUCAACUAGAUUAUGUUUUAUGGAAAGACGCCUGUGUCGUACUGUAUUUUUCCUCUGAAGACACACCAAAGUGCAUGCUUUAUGUUUUCCUUUACUGCUACCUAAAGUCCUUUACUGACACAAUAAACACAAUUUGCCCAAGCUUGAAA